AUGAGCGAUGACAUCUAUCAAGAUGAUUUCAUGGCAACCACGCACUUUACCGAUCUCCUAGAAUCCCUCGACACUCAUAAAACCAAAAGGACUAAUGAUGUAGCUGCUCUAGUCAAAUUCGCAAUGACGAAUGCACACUUUGCUACUGACUUGAGUGAAGUGCUGUGGAAGACACUAUAUGCUCAUUCGGGAGACGCACCAAAGAGAUUACUGCUGUUAUGCGUAGUGGAUAGACUAGUUAAGCAAGCUCAUGAUCGUAAAUCAAAAGAACCUCGGGGCUUUGCAGUGGAUUGUGCUGUCUAUGUUGAACGGUUUGCUGCAGACAUUGUGAAGCUGGUCCAUGCUCUUGUACCGGAUCCUGAUGCUAUUACUGUUACUGUUCGUAAGGUCCUCUCAGGAUGGAGGAAGGUCCUCGGCCCUGACUACGAACCCCACAAACAAAACUUUGAAACCGCCGAACGCUACCUCAAAGAAACCGAACUAAAAUCCUCCCACCUAAUCCCCUCAGAAGACAUCUCAGGCCUCAUAGCAAACCUCUUUCGCCAACCACGCGAAGAAACGAAACGAGAAUACGCUGAAAUACAACGUAAAAUCGAAGAAGAUCGCGAUCGUCACAAGAGAGCGAGGGAAGAGUCUUGGGUGCGUCCAGAGUUCCCUGAUCCGUAUGUCGAUGGUGAAUGGUGGAAGAAUGAUGGUGGUGCAGGGAUUAUAUUGUCGGAUGUGGAAAGGGGUGCUGGACAAUGGGAGUUUCAGGAUUUGUGGGAUGCGGAUGUCGGGGUGCUGAAGGCGAGCUUGUAUGAUCAGCUUGCUAUUGAGGUUAAGAGGGCGAGAGCGGAUUUGGAUGAUGUGAAGCAGACUAGUGUUGUGUCGGGACAGACGCCGCUUAGAGACUAG